AUGCCCCUCCAAAGCUCUAAACUGCUUAAGACUUUAAACCGGGCAGCCACUACCAGACAUGAAUCCAUAUCACGAGAAGCCUUCCAAGAUGCUGGUUUGAGGGUGAAAGUCCCAGUGAGUUCAAUUAAAAUUGGAUUGAAAAGGCCUCUUCCAUGGCUGAAGGUUUCAGACAUGGUACGCACUUUGGCUUUACACAACAAACUGGACAAGUGCCUUUUUGGCGGUUUGGGCUUUGAUGGAUUGAAACAAUUUUGGUGCAAUUACAAGCGGCUUUGGCCGGAGCAUCCCGUGUUUACAAAGAUGGGUGCAGAGCCUUCUGAGAACACCGUUUUCGUACCCAUUUACCUUCACGCUGAUGAGGGUCGGCAUCUGAAGAAAGAACAAAUUCUAAUCUUCAAUUUCCAAAGUGUUUUGGGUCAAGGAACUUCUUUGUCACAAGGUUUGAACAUCCUUGGAUCUUGCUACUCAACCAGAUUUCUCAUUACCACCCUACUUUCCCAGCAUUACAGAAAGAAGAACAAAGAUGGACACAGGCUGAACACCGUGCUCAAGGCCAUCACUGCUGACAUCUUGGAGCUUUACACAAAUGGUGUGCAAGUGAGCUUUCACGAAAAAUGGGUACAAUUGUUUGUGGUCCCGCUGGGAUUGAAGGGAGAUUGGCCAAUGUUGGCAAAAUUGGGAAAUCUGUCCCGCUCAUUUUCCCGGAAAGGACGUCCCACGGAAAACUCGUGUAUCUGUCACUUGUGUUUAGCAGGUGCCCAGAAUGUACCUUACCAUGACCAUGAAAUUGACGCAGCUUGGUAUGAUACCUAUCUGCAGAGCCGACCCUGGAGCACACCAAGUCCAUUGAUGAGAUUACCAACCAUGCCACAGCCGGAGCUUUUCUACUGCUUUGAUAUUUUCCAUGUGUGCCACAAGGGCAUUUACUCUGAACUGGCAGCUUCAGCCUUGGUAGUCCUCAUUGACCGGGGAUGCGCUGGAGAUGGUGACUUCGCUACUCAACUGACUUCCUUGUAUGAUGAGAUGAAGGUGUAUUGCGCCACCCACUCCAUUCCCUUGCACAUGACGGGCCUCACCAGGACUCUCUUGAGCUUCCCGCGGGAUUCCGCAUAUCCAUCAGGGUCAUGGUUCAAGGGCGCUGACACCCAUGCAGUCCUAAAGUUCCUGGAGUACAAACUUACACAGGUUGAUGCUCCUGACUGGAAUGUGUACAAGUCUUGCAUAUUCAAUGCUGUACAAGCUGCCAACCGAUUCCUAUCGAUCCUCUACAGGAAGCGCAUCAAUUUCAGGACAUCGACAUCAGAGGAUUUUACAGGUCGACCUGCGGCGUUCAUCGAAGCUGACGGGGACUACGGUCUUCAGGUCGGUCCGGGGCUUCCGCAGAGUAGCUGGAAUUUGGCGAUGGAAAUUGCAUCACGCCCCAAAGACGAGCUCAGUGUGCAGCUUUUGGCAGAUGCCAAUGCACAGCGCUUGGCCGAUGAGGUGGUACAAAGCUGCUGCCUUCGCCCCAUCACCAGCGAUGCAUGGCAGAGAUGCGCAGCCGUGAUGAUGAGGCGGGAUCUGGCAAGCGAAGUGGAGCUGGUGUGUUUGAGCAAGGCCUCCAAUGCGGGUGAAUGGGCCGUUGCACUCUCCACGGCCGUGGGGAAAUCGUAUUCCAUCCGAACCCUGGGCGAGCGUCUUGCAGGAGGCCCUUGGCAGCAGUUGCUUCAGCUGGAUGUGGCGCACGUGGCGCACGUGGCACAUGAGGAUUCCGCGGAGUGGCAGCAGUCCUUCGCCUUCUUCCAAGCCCUGGUGGCGCGUUCCACGGAACCUUCCAUGGCUGGGGCAACCAGCUGGCAACAUGCCUUGCGUAUGCGGGAGGUGACCGACAUGUCCGGUGCCAUGAAAUUCAUCCUGCAGGCCUUAGCGGAAAGGGGUCGUUUCCAAGACCUGCAAGAAGUCUUGCAGGAGGAGCUGUCCAAGUUGCCAGAGCCUGCUGUUCCGCGGGCCUGGAGUGCAGGGCUGUACAAAGCCUUUGGCCAGUUCUGUCGUGGGCAGCACUGGAAUGACGCCAGCAAGUUGCUGAGAUGUUUGUCCACGGCUGCGUUGGAGCCGGAACUGCUGUCGCAGAAUUUGCUGUUGGGUGCUUGGCAGAAAUCUCCCCGGUUGUGGCCGAAGGUGUUGAAUGCUUUGGAUGUCCUACCAAGGCAGGGCUACCUGCCCGACAUCUUCAGCUACGGCUCCGUCUUGGCUACAGCAUCUACCUGGCAGCGCAGCUGUCACCAUUUGCGCAGCCUCUUUCAGCAGCAGCUGCGCCUCAGCGCCGUCGCGCUCAGCGCCCUGGUGACCUGUGCGCAGCGCGCCUUCCACUGGAGAUUGGCCUUGCAAUUCUGCAGCACCUUUAGUGGUGAGCUGACCACCAUCGCCUGCAGCAGUGCGGUGGGCGCUUGUGAAAACCUGGGCGCAUGGCGCCGGGCGGUGGAGUUGCUGCGCAGAAGCUCCAGUUUGCAGCUCCGCCGCGAUCUGGUUCUGACGAACUCCGCCGCUGCGGGCACUCGUGCCGGCGGGUGGCAGAGGAGCUUGGAGAUGUUGGGCCAUUUCUCGCUGGAUCGUGCUGGAACGAGCUUGGCACUGGCGGCAUGGGGCGCUGCCGAUGCCUGGCCCAGAUCUCUCACUUUGAUGCACUGGGCCUUGGAGACGCAGGUAGAAGUGGAUGUGCCUGCCUGCAGUUUGGUGGUCAGCGCGUGUAGCCGCGCGUUGCAUGCUGCGGGGGUGCUCACCUUGUGCCAUGGCCAGCUGGUGAGGUUUGGUGAAGACUUGCCCAGCUGGCAUGGCGCUGCCGACGCAACCCUGGAGGUGGCAGUAUCUUCACUCAGCAGCUCAGAGAAGGAAGCGCCACAGGUCCUGGUCGCAGCCUUGCGCGCCCUGGGCCGUCUGGCACCGGAGCUGAAAUCUGAGGCGCUGCGAACGGCUUCGCUUCAGCUGGCUUGCCGGGUCCUGGGCUGCAACAGCAGCCCCAGUGUGGAGCCGUGCCAGAUCCAGGCCUUGCAGCUCCUCCGCGCCCUGGCGCGUCAUGAGCCGCAAGUGCUGUCCACACCUCAGGGACAGCAGGCCGUGGCGGCCGCCUUCGCGGCCGCCAAGGAUGCAGCGCCUUCGGUGGACGACUUGGACGAGGUGAGUAACACGGCCCUGGCGGCCCGUGAAUGCCUGCGGGUGGUGGCGCGCGCCAAUCCCUCGCAAGCGGUACCAGUGGUGCUGGAGGCGGCCCAGGCGGCAUCUGCGAGUCCCGAUGCGUUGGAUCGAGCAGCUGCCGUGCAUGCGGUGGCCUUUGCGCUCUCCGGCGCCCGGGAGGCGCCUGCCGGUUGGGCAGUGCCAUUGGCCCGAGCAUUGAGCGACUCAGCGGUGUGGGUGCGGCAGGCUGCCUGUGAAGGCGCCAUUCUUCUAGCGGAGGAGUUGAAGCCUUCGCAGCAGGUGACGGCAGGUCUGGAGCUGCUGCUUGGAACCUUGAUGGAACUGCUCCCGCGCGAACCCAACCUGGAACUCAUGGAGAAGGCUGCGAUGGCGGCUGGAGCUAUCCUGCAAGAGCUCUCAACAGAUGAGGCUGCUGCCAAAGUGCCGCAGGCUGCCCCAGCCAUUUUUCAGGCGAUGACCAAAGUGUCACACGCCCUGGCUGGCGCGGCCAACGGGGCCAAUGGGGCCAACGGUGAGACACCUGAGACACGGGAAACUGCCCUGGAGGGCGGGGCAGCACUGGCGGCGGUGGCCAGAUGCUUGACCAGCUUGGCCAGUGUCACGGCGGACCACUUCGCGCCCUGGGCGCCGGAGGCGGCGAAGAGUUUGGUGCUGCUGUUUCGUGCAUGUCGGCCCACAGCAGGUGGGAAACAGAUGGUGGCUUCCCCGGUGAGACCUGCCGUCGAGGCCGCCUGUUUCGAUGCUGCAGGCGCGGUCAUUGCCUCGGCGUGGUCGGAUCAAUCCUUCCAAGCUGAGAAGGAGGAAUUGGCUGCGGCUGCACGGAGCGUCUUGUUGGACAACCGCGCACCCUCUGAGGCGCGUGCCAGCGCGCACAACUUCUACGCCCGUGUGGCCUUGGCGCAGUUCGAAGACUUUGCGCCGUCGCUGGAGACGGUCAUGCCCCCGGCCCUCGAAGCCCUGCGCGCACAAGAGACUGGCCAUGUGGUGAAGCAUGGCCGUUCUCGCGCAGUGAGAACUGGUAGCCACGAGGAGCGUCUGGCUGCGAUCGAAGCGAUUGGCACCUAUGCUGUGGCCUGUGGUGCCAGGUUCGCACCACAGCUGCCUAGCGCGUUGCCUGCUUUGUGUGCUCAGGCCCAACAUCCCAACCCACAGCUGCGUGCCGCGACGGCCAAUGCGCUGGCGCAGAUCGGCCGUGUCUUGGGAGACUUGGCACAAGGUAUCCCUUCCAGUGAUCAGCAAGCAGCGUCCAGAUUGGCAGAGGCUGUGGCGCAAAGUCUCAGCGAGAUUUUGCAGCACCCGGGAUCCUCUGCGGCGUUACGCUGUGCCUUACAAGCAAAGGAGGACUUGGACGCUUGCGAUGGUUUCCUGUCCUUGGCGGCGGCAACAUCUUUAAGCUCCGCGGCGGCUGGACGACGCUCUGAGGAUGUGGAAGACUCAGAUGAUGAUCAGGAAGAUGAAGAGGAGGAUCAUUGAUGCGAAAAAUAAAAAUCAAUACAGUUCAAUACAUAUAUGCAAAUGUAUAAUCGAGAGAAGUUUCGGAGUCAAACUUCCGACAAUAUGGACAGAUGGAAAAGCAGAGGUGGGAAGAGUCAGAGAAGAGAAAGGAAGAAGAAAGAAA